CAUUCGAAACGUGUUUCAAUUGUUGAUGUAUUAAUAAUAAUAAUAAUAAUAAUUAAUCAUCAAGUUUUUUAGAUUCAGAAAAUGGACAUGAUUAAUCCAAUUAUGGCCAGUACACCGGUACAGCAAUCAAAAUGUCGAAAAUCUAACGGUGAAAAUGUUAUUGAUAAUCAUGAAAAAAUUGUCAAAUCUUCACCAUCGCAAUAUUUGACUCUUGAAGAUGUGUUCAAUGAAUAUCCAUUGGAAAAAAAUUCGAUAAUAGUUUCGAUUUUUGCCAUAAUUCAGUCAUAUGAUCCGGAAAAAGGAGUAUUAAUUGUUAUGGAUGAAACGAGAAAAGAUUUUGCCAUCAAAUUCAUCCGGCCAAUUAUUCAUACAAGACCUCAAUGUGUUUCUGUUAAUCAAUCCCCUCGUCUUCCCACUCGUACUGGUGAUAUUAUUCGAAUUAAUAAACUAUUUUUACAUGAAGAUUUCACCAGAACUUGUAACGUUUUCGAGGACAUAGUCAUUUUUGAAUCAUUCAAAGAUGAAAUUUUCAAUCCAUUCUUCGUAGACCAGAAUGGACGAGAAUUUACCGAUGAAGAUCGCAAUAAAGUUACAGUGCUUACACAUUUGAAUGUUGCUUUUUUGUUAGAGGCCAAUGUUCGAUCUACAAGAACAAAAUAUCAGUAUUUAGUUGAUACAGCAUUUCAGGUAUUGUGUAAAUUUAAAUACGAUAAUCGUAUCAUUCUUGCCUGCUGGAAUGGCUGUCCAUUCGAAGAUUAUCCAUGUAUGCAAUUGAUUAAAGUCAGACAAAUCAUUGAUACAUUGAAUGGAAGUGAAUCAAAACCAAAUGUUUAUAGUGAAGAAUUUAUUCGAAAAAUUUACGAUCAACAUGGAAUUGUAUUCAUUUCGGUAUAUGGAAUUCAUCGUGUUGUUGCUACUGCUCUGAAACCGUUAGAUUUUAUCGUCGUUUAUAAUUUGUUGAUCAAAUCAGAUAAUUUUUAUUAUGCUAAACAUUCAUUUAUUGUUUUUGAUGGUCUCAAUUAUGGUCGUUGUAUUCGUUUGGUUGAUGAAAAUUCAGAAUUAGCGAUUGCAUUGAAAACACAAAUCGAAAAGAAAUGUGUACUAGGAGAAACUCUUGAUCAAGAAAAUCGGCUCGAUCAUUCAUUAUCACAAAUAAUUGAAAUUUCUAGCGAUAAUAUCGACCAAGAAUGUUCACCGGCCAAACGGAAGAAGCACAAUGGAAAUACUGAUCAACAGAGCUCAACAUCAUUUUAUUUUUCAAAUACAUUGGAUGAUUCAAUACUUGGAUCCGAUAUCAAUAAUGUACCGUGUCCACAUUAUGAAUAUACAAAAUAUCAAAAAGAAAUUAUUUAUCGUCAUUUUUAUUCACAAAAAAAUGUUCGUUCAUCAUUUAUUCGUUUGAAUUCAUUCGCCGAGCUUAUUGAACGUGAAAAAGCAGAAAAUCAAUUUUUUCUUAUCGAUGCUAAAUUUCAUAGUUUAACAUUAUAUAGUCAAGAUUGUUAUAACAUUUUUGAAUCAAUGUCUUCACUUCGUAAAUAUGCUUGCCUGGUUUUUUGCAUUGAAAAUGGAUGUGAAUAUCGUGAUUCAUUUGAAUCAUUUCUAAUGAAAUCUUCUGAUUGGUUGACCGAAAAAGAUCAACAAUUAGUAUGUAUCAAUCAUGAAUCGUCAAACAAUGCAAAUACUGCCUCAUCAAGUAAUAUGGAGUGUUUAAAAUGUCCAAAAUGUCAUAAACAAAACAUAAUUCUAUGUUUGGAUUUCAUCAUUAUAUUACAAGACUAUGAUAAUGGUUUAAUUUUAUCACGAUUGACCGGAAUCGAUGCAAACGUAUUUUUCAAUUGUUCAACAUAUGAACUUUGUCAAGGAGCAUCAUCACCAUUAUUGGAACAAAUUGCUGCCUUUUUUAAACACACUUUUCAUAUGACUAAUGAACAAACAGAAUGUUCAAGAAAAAUUACAUGGACAUUGACUAUGAAUGAUUAUGAAACAACCGAACAAAGUGAAUUUCACGUGAUUGACGUUUCCAUAAUGAAUCAGGAUUUUUCUUGUGGAAUAUCAACAAAAAAUACAACAAUUUAAGAUAACCAACUUUUGUUUUUCUUAAAGAUAAUGAUGAUAAUGUAUUUUAAUUAUACACGAUUAAAAUCACCGGAUUUUCCACCAGUUUUAGCCAUUAGGCAACAAUCUCUAA